AUGAUAGAAAAUUUUGACAAAUUAAUUUAGCAAAAAGAUAUAAAUACUAAUCCCGUAUUAAGAGAAACAAAAGUUGAAUUUAAGAAUUUUUAAGAUGGUUAAGGCUUGUAUGCAUUAUUUUUGGAGAAAUAUAAAGUCAAAGAAAAUCAACCAUUUGUUAUUGAAAGAGUUCCUGAAGAUACAGACAGAUCAACUAUGGAUAAAAAGAAUUAUUACUGCAUAGAUAUUAAGCAAGUGCCUAAGAAUUAAACUAAAUUAGAUGUUAAAAGUUAGGUAAUGAGAGGAUAUAUAGUGUAAAAUCCUAGAUAAUCUGUCUUUUUCUCCGCUACAAAGAACUAAGGUUUUUUAUUUCUAAGCAAACCUAAAGGAUCAAAAAAUAUUUAAUUGAGACCAUUUUUAUGUGGUUCAGUAAUCAAAGAAAAGUCAGAUGACCCUGUGUAAUAAAAAGAAGAUACUAUAAAAAGGAAUUAAGAUUCCAAAGAAAUAGAUGAAAUUAAUGAUAAAAUGAAAAAAGUAACUAAAUCGAGAGGUAAACAGCCUAUUGAGGUAUUCAUGAGAAACCCAGAGUUAAUAAAAAAUACAAAAACUAGAAAGGAAGAUAGUGAACUUUAUGAAGACAAUGAUUACAAGUAAAGUAGAAAGGAAGAUAAAGAAUUUAAAAGAAAAAAAAGGGCAUAAUUAGAAAGUUAUGAAGACGGAGAAUUAGAUAAUGAAGAUCAAUUUAAUAUAAAUGAAAAAGAUGAAGAAGAAUUUGACGAAUGA